CGUCGAAUUGUCUUUUUUUGUUUUGGGCUUUUAGAGGAAAUUCAACGUUGGAGUCGAUGGGCGAGGCUAACUUUUGAAGGCCAUGUACACGUUAAGGAUAGAUCAAAGCCAACUCAGUAGUCAAUCGUUUGUUGAGAACGAACCAGUGCUCGAUCGUUGUGAAUCGUGGUCAUACAUGUUUACCUGUCAAAAAUUUUUGUUUAAUUCACCAGAUUGAGACCCCCAACAAGCGAAACGAGCAGUGAUCUUCUUGAAGUUACAUUCAGCCAUGAAAAUCGUUGGAGCCACGCAAUUUUUGUGUUGCGUCAUUCUGACGCUUUAUUGUUCGAGGACGGGAAAAUCCCAGUUACUGGCGAUGAAUAAUGUUGCGGAAUCUUUGCAUCUGUUUACAAACGAAUUUUCUCAAAAUAUCGAACGCGGUGACAGAACCGCAAAUUUCGUUUUUUCCCCUGUGAGUCUUUUUGCGGCUAUGUCGCUGGCCUCGCUUGGAGCUAAAGGUGCAACAUUGAGCCAAAUUCAGCAAGUAUUGCGGUUGUCGACGGACGCCUUAACGAGGAAGGGCGGCAUGACUCGUAUCAUCGCAUCGAUGACGGCAGAGAGGAAUCAAGAUGCCGUGCUGGAUAUGGCGAAUCUCUUGUGGAUUCCACGUGGAUUAGUUAUAAAAGCAGAAUACGCAAGAUCAGUUCAAGACGUCUUUCAAACGCGAGUUCGAGACGCUGAUUUUAGCCGCCCGGAAGAAGUACGACAGGUGAUCAAUCAGCGAAUCGAAAAUAUUACUCGGGGUCAUAUUAUAGAUCUCUUUCCCAGAGGAUCGAUAACAAAGCAGACACAGCUGCUUCUGGCUAAUGCGUUUUACUUUAAAGGAGUUUGGCUUCACACUUUCAACAAAUCAGAUACUUACAGAGAACGAUUUUUUAUGGCAGAUGGACAAUCUGUCGUGGCACCAAUGAUGCAUGGUUCUGGUACGUUUCAAGCGGGGAUUCUUGACAAUGUUGGAACCAAAGCCAUAUUUAUGCCAUAUCAGGGCAAACGCUAUGGGUUGCUGUGCGUUUUACCUGACCGAAACAGAAAACUAAGUGACAUCGAGAGCUACAUGCUUAGUUCCGGUUAUACACCCACCACUAUGUUGAGAAGAAUGAUCCACCGAGACAUUAACAUUACCUUACCGAAAUUCAAAAUGAAAUUUGGCGCUGAAAUGUCUCAUGUCUUUAGAAAGAUGGGCAUCCGUAAUUUAUUCACACAUGAGGCGGACCUUUCUGGCAUGAGCUCCGAUUCAUCAAAGCUAAGAGUAUCUAGUAUAUACCAUCAAUCAACCCUUGAAGUGAAUGAGGGCGGAAGUGAAGCAAGCGCAACCACAGGCUUAGAAGUAAUUCCACUUAUGGGUGGCGCCGGUAUCUACGUCGGUCCUAUGGAAUUUCGAGCUGACAGACCGUUUUUAAUCUAUCUGAUUGAUCGAGAAAAUGACAAUAUUCCACUGAUAAUGGGCCGCGUUUCCAACCCGCUUCAAAACCAAACCCCCAAUUUAAAUCGGCACUACGAUUCUAACGACCCAUCGAUGGCAAAAGCCGAGCAAAGUGAACAAAAUACUUUCACCAAAACAGAUACCGGCCGCACAAAACAUAUUGCCGAAUGGUCUAGACCGGAGUUUAGACCUACUUUAAAACCCUUCCCAUCGGCGCAGUCUAUUGAAAAUGACGACCAAAUCGUUUAUCCGCAAAAACCAUCUUACAUUAAUUAUUUUAAAUCUGCUAAACAUUUCGCGAAUCGGUACUUUUCACAUUUCCCACGCGUCCCGGACAUGCAUACUGCCAUCGUAUUUCCCGACCAGGAUUUUGACGAGCGUCGGUGGAAGAGAGAACUUCGUAAUUUAACUGCCCUUCCAGAUGUUGUACCAACCGCGGCGCCGUCCACAUCCGAAAAUGAAGCCAUUAGUACACGCUUGAGAGAUCCUCUGUGGUUUAACAAGCCGACUUUACCAGAAGUGAUAAUUCCAAUCAACAGCCCGGAACCUGAUAGCAAACCACCGACUAGUUUUUAUAGGCCGGCCAAUAACGUUGCACCUUCUCCAGAAUCUUUCGGUGGGCCAGUUCUCCCCACAGUGACAAUGAAGCCGGAAGAAUUAACGCCUUUAACUGGGCAAAUGUCAAGCUCUGCAUUAACACCUAAUAUGUUUUUUGUACCAACUGUUGCUCCCAAGCCAUCUUUCGCUUUCGCGGCAGGCAACGUAAAUAACGCUUGGAAUCAAAACGAACAAAAUGUUGGUGGUGCGCCGGGUUUCGCUCCAUCAAACGGUGAUAUGACAUUAUUGAAUAAUCGGCCCGUUAUCCUCUCAGCUACAUGGUAUCCCGUUCAAACAAACCCUUACUUUCCAUAUCCUACGAGUUCGGCACCUGAAUUGCAAGCUAUCUUUUUCCCCGAAUAUCGUUUCUCAUCAGGAAAUUAAGACAAGAAUUUUAUUUUCAUGAAACAUUUGACUUGCACGUUUAUUUAAAUGAAUGCGGGCUUGAGAAGAACAAGACUAGUCAUUCAUCAUCGGUUUCGAUCCGGUGCAAGGACUUUGUUGUUUUUGAAUGGACAGUAUGACCAUCGGAGCUUAUGGACUUGGGGAUUUUGAAUUUUAAACGUUACCAUGGUUAU